CAACAGAGACGGCUCUCGCGUCCUCGCCUCCCUCCGUGACUCCGGAUCGUCGUUUAUCGAUUUCCUCAGCUGGCCGUUUUCGUCCUCGGCGAUCCGCCCCGUUCCGCGCCUCGGGAGAAGACAGUUGAAAGGGAGGACUCGCCGACGACAAGGGCGAUAGCCGCCCUUAAGGACAGAUCCGAGAACGACCCUGCGUCCUGCCGCCCUCAACGGCCAGGCCAUUCCCGUAGGUCAGUUGCUUAGAGGCCCCUGCAUGAAAUUUGCCCUCGCCUUUAUCCCUUUGCGCCCCAUCGACAAACAAAAGGCCUGAAAAUGAAUUACCUCGGUAAGGUGAUAAAUAAUUGCAAGUACAUAUACAAUGAGAUCAAUGCGGCUACACUCACUGGAGCCAUUGAUGUCGUUGUUGUUGAGCAGCCUGAUGGAUCCUACACAUGCUCACCGUUUCACGUCCGCUUUGGGAAAAUGGGUGUCCUCAGGAGCAAAGAGAAAAUUGUGGACAUUGAGAUAAAUGGUGAACCGGUUGAUAUUCACAUGAAGUUAGGGGAAUCCGGCGAGGCAUUCUUUGUCGAGGAGGUCGAGGUUGGCGAAGGUGAAGAGGGUCACAUUCCCCCGCAUUUGGCCUGCUCACCCAUCCCGCCAGAGGACUACAGAUAUAACACAGAUUGGCCCAGGUAUGAAGAAGGAGAAGAAAACUGCGAGAAAGAAAUAGUUAAUAUUGGUUCUAGCACACCUAAGACUUUUAGGGCUGAAACUUUAUCCAAAGAGGACAAUGAAAUUGUUCGCAAAUUGAGUACAACAGAGUUCAGGCCGAUACCAGGGCAACAUCCAGAAACUUCAAACUCUAGUCAAGAAAGCACUGGAAAUGAAUUCAACAAGGAGGAUUCACCAUCUGCGGAUGAAAGGGUCAGCACGAGCUCUAUCGGGGGUGGCAACAAUAACAAACGCAAACGGAGAAAGAAGUCAACAAAGAAAAAAGGAGCACAGAAAAGAGGGAGUGCGAGUAGUGGGAGUCAGAUGAAUGACGACAAGACAUGCCAUGGUGAAGUAAUUUUCCAAAUCGAGGAUCUCGAUGGAGCUCAACAGCUCACAAUUGUUGAAAAGGAUGAAUCCAAAGCCAUCGAUGUGCCCACAACUCCCCAGCAAUUGGAAAGGGACAUUCAUUUUUUUAGUGACACAGAAAUUACACCAGGAAGCAGGUGUAAGAAAGAAGGUGAGAGCGAGUUGGACCCCGGUUUUCAACUGCUGAAUGCCACGCACAUCAUCAAUGCUUUCCCAAGAGAUUUUGCACCAGUACAAAGUGACAGUGAGUUUGAAACGAAACGCACUGGUGGAGAAGGCGGACAGUCAAACAAUAACGAAGAUCAACCUCAGUCUUGGAGAUGGGGAGAGCUUCCGACCUCACCAAACAAUGAAGAGAACAAACAAGAAUCACAAAAAUGGAUGUUGCAAAACAUGCUGGGCUUCAUGAAGAAAACAAAGCAUAUGAGGCACAAGAAUGAAUCUGAAGGGAUUUAUCUGUCAGAAUUGAAUUCUGAAGACCCUGAAAUAGCUGCUUUGUAUUUCCCAUCUACAUAUAAACAAAAUAACACUUCUAAUAACUCAGAUUACGUCGAACAACGUGAAGAAGAUACUGAAUCAGGAAAUGGGCCAUCGCUUCCUCAGUCACCUCAUAGUGUUGAAGGUGCAAUCUGUGGACCUAAGUCGAUCGAUAGUGAUUUCGAACACCACAAGUGGUGCCCUGAGGAUGUAGCGAUUUCGACAGCUGGUGCUAAUGCAACUUCCGAGCAAUUCAAUGACAACAUGAUCUCUUAUGACGACCUUUGUCAGGACCCACUCGCACACCUCAACAAUCCGAAGCUGGUGGUGAGGAUUGAUGGAAAACUAUAUUCUUGGCACACCGCUGCACCAAUUAUCUUGUCAAUGUUCGUCUAUCAUAAGGGUUUGCCUCAGGAAGUAAUUUCAAGGUUGUGUGAAGGUGAAAACGAAGGUAAAGAGCUGAAGGAUACUACCAAACAGCCGAAGAAACCCUACACUUCCUGGUUUAACUGGUCUAGGGCUAAUCCACCAACACAGAAAUUUGAUGAUAACACGUUAGCAGAAGUCAAAAUUGAUGAAAGUGCAAAACCUUCAGAUUUGGAACAAGCCAAGGCUCAGGAGGUGCCAAAGAGGCCUGACAGCAUUCAAAAUCUUCAGGUACACAUACCAGAACAACCUUUGGACAUGUCUAUCAAAGAGAAAGAUGUCAGUUCACAUGAGAAUAAACUGGAUGACAGUCAGGAAGUUAAUUCAGCCGAGUACAACUCUGAAAAAUAUCGUAAGACACUUAGGCUUACUUCACAACAAAUAGCAAGCCUUAAGUUACAACCAGGUGCAAAUGAAAUUGUAUUCAGCGUGACCACAGCUUAUCAAGGAACCAGCAAAUGUUCAUGCUAUCUAUUCUGCUGGCGUUACGAUGAUAAAAUUGUCAUUUCUGAUAUUGAUGGAACAAUUACAAAGUCUGACGUCCUUGGUCACAUUCUGCCUAUCGUGGGCAAAGACUGGGCACAGAGCGGUGUUGCAAAACUCUUCACGAAGAUCAAGGACAACGGAUACAAACUUUUAUACUUAUCAGCUAGAGCAAUUGGCCAGUCCAGGCUAACUAGAGAAUAUCUCAAAUCCAUUAAACAAGAAGACCUGGGUCUUCCUGAGGGUCCUAUGCUCCUUAAUCCAACAAGUCUAUUGAAUGCAUUCCACACUGAAGUGAUUGAAAAGAAACCAGAAGAAUUCAAGAUUUCUUGCUUAAAAGACAUACAAGCUUUAUUCCCCUCUCACAUCAAACCAUUCUAUGCUGGCUAUGGCAAUAAAAUUAAUGACGUUUGGGCUUAUCAAGCAGUUGGAGUUCCCAUAUUUAGGAUUUUCACAAUUAACCACAGGGGAGAAUUGAAGCAUGAGCUAACACAGACAUUCCAAUCUACGUAUACUAAUAUGACUCAACUUGUUGACCAAAUGUUUCCAUCUAACAAGCCGUUUUCAAGUGAGGAUUUCUCCCAGUUCGUCUACUGGAGGGAGCCAAUUCAGGAUAUCGAGUUGGAGUUGUCUAGUCAAAUAAAGGCAUAAGGGAGAGAGGAAAUAGGAGUGGCUACAAAAUGACCUCUUCAUUUCUAAUUUUUAACCUAUACCACAUAGCACCCUAUAGAUUCCUGUUUUCUUCGUGCUGCAACCGAUUGUUACCAAAUAGUUUUUAACGUUGGAAAGCGUGUGUUGGCAAAAGAAAUUUGUCCCUAGAUAUAGGUGGAUUUUAGACUUUCUUACCUAAGCCUUUUGUCAGCUGUAGCCGUGCCUAAUAAAAACACAUAAUAUCUCCUUUAUAUAUAAUUGUUGUUUAUUUUUUACUAUUUAGUUAUUAGUUUGUUGAUGUGAGCAUUCCAUGUCUUUUAACCGUAUUAGUAGUGUUAGUAUUUAGAAUGGUGUAUCGUAAGCGCUAUUUAAACCAAAUGUGAUUUAAUUUUUAAGCAAUUUUUUAAACGUUUUUGUAUGUAUGUUAGUUUAUGACACGUUUUUUGUUUGUUUUUUCAAAUAAGUUCAAUUCAUGAACUACUCUCUUCACUUCUUAUUUACAACCUGGAAUGUUAAUUAGAGCAGUUAGCUUCAGUUUAUUAAAACCGUUAUGUUUAUAACUUUAUUACUGUUAUUGAAUAAAUUAAUUUAUGAAUUCACCUUCAA